CGUUAUACCUAUACAAAAUCCAGUUCCUCGCUCCAUAUCCCACAUGGUUGACGAACACCGAAUGGAGACAAUACUUGAGGGCGCCGGAUGCAAUAUCGAUCCAGAACAUAGGACUGUAGGCGGGUUCAUAGACCAACUCGCGAAGCUGCUUAAAUACUCUGUGAUCGAAGGAAAGCUUACGUUCGAAGGGCCAGCUCCCGUUCACUGCGAGUGCAGGCUACUCGCUGAAGUCCACGGCCGUGCAGCGAUACAAUACAUCGGUGUUUCGAAGCUUUCGUGCGGUUUUUGCGACAUCUACUUCGAGGCUUAUCGGCAAGCGACAGGUGUAAAUAUCUUUACGAGCGGCACCCAUAGCCAGACCUCUCCAUGGAUAUUUCCGCGGAUCGAAGAAUCUGAGCUCGACUCCACCAUCGAGGAACGCGUUCGCUCGAAGCUUCUCGAUAAGAUUAACAGAGGUUGGAAGUUAUAUAGCCGAGCCUCUUUAUCUUCGCAGAGCACUGAUGCGUCCGAGAAAGAUAUGGGACCAUGGACUACGAUAUAUGAUGAAAAAGCACUCAGAGAAGAGGCUAUGGCCGAGAUGAGACAACUAGGCUAGUCCUGGACAAUACGUCGGGAUCGCGCGGACAGAAUCAUUUGUACCGUAAAUAGUAAUACUGC